AUGGCAAUGGCAUCCCCUCCGGCUCCGCCGGCUAAAAAGCGGAAAAUGAACUUCUCGGAGCGAGAAGUGGAGAUAAUUGUGGAGGAGCUUGAGCGGAGCAAGCACCUACUGAUCAACCACUUCAAUGCUGGUGUACCACUGGCUGCUAAGGCUGCUGCUUGGCACAACAUCCUACGCCGUGUUAACGCUGUUGCUACCUGCCGCCGGGAGCUGCCUGAAGUCAAGAAAAAAUGGUCUGAUCUCAAGACGGAGGUGCGACGCAAGGUGGCACAGGUCCGGGCUGCAAUGGAAGGAGGUGGCGAUGGCCAGGAUGGAGGUGUUGAGGGCCAAGAUGCUGAAGAUCCAUUAGGAGUCACAGCUGCUCCAGUUAUUCUAACUCCCAUGCAGCAGCGCAUCUGUAACUUGCUGGGGGAAGCCACCAUUAUUAGCCUGCCUGCCGGAGACUGCACUUCAGAUGGAUCAGAGAUACCUAUUACUGCUGCAGCCACAACAGUCACCCUUACUCAGAGUGAGUGUGUUGUUUCUUCCUUCCCCAUGUUAUACACAAUGCUUAACUGAAACAUUCAGUGAAAUAAAGUUAUUUGAUUUCUUAGAUUGUACCCUGGCCUGUGAUCCUCAAAUGAAGGGAAGUAUAGAAAUUUGAUGGUUAAAAAUGAAAAUUCUGUAAUGGAUAAUAAGACUCCACUUGAAGCAUCCAUUGGGUUGAGCUAAUUCAAUUGCUUUCAUUUGAUUUUCUCAUUGCAAACAGCUGAAAGUCUAAAUUUUGAUAAGCCUGCUUUGCAAUGGGGGCUGAAUAAUUUUGUUUGCAACUGUAAGUAGCACUAACUUUGGAUUAUAACCCUCAAUCUUCUCAUUUGUGAUUUGAGUCAAGAUUAUGGAUUUUUCUCACACCACAUCUUCCUUACCAUUGCCAGGCUGUUUUGUGUUAUCACCAACAGUGCCUUGUCAAAACCAUUUUGUUUUUAUGCUAUUGUUACUGGUUCUUUUGCAUUUUCUUUCCCUCUUACCUUGUUCUUCUCUGUUCCAAUCCGUCCAAAAGAGUGCAGAUAAAAUCCUUGUGAAUACUUCCUUGUGAAAACUUCAGGAUUCUUUUUAGGAUGCUUGUUCCAGUUUUUACUAUGUAAACUGCUGUGUGAAGACCACAGCGAAGUUUGAAGUGUAAAAAAACAGCAGAAUAUAUUAAGAAACAUGUUGGAGAGGGAUGAAAUUAGAUGAUGGAACCUUAAAACGCAAUUACAGUGGUUACAUACACUUCAGAUUGCAGACUCCACUAACCCAGAAAUAGUAUCUCGGGUUAAGAACUUUACUUCAGGAUGAGAACAGAAAUUUAAGAACUUUACUUCAGGAUGAGAACAGAAAUUGCGUGGCGGCGGCGCGACAGCAGCAGGAGGCCCCAUUAGCUAAAGUGGUGCUUCAGGUUAAGAACAGUUUCAGGUUAAGAACGGACCUCCGGAACAAAUUAAGUGCGUAACCAGAGGUACCACUGUAUAUGUAAUUUGGGUUAUAAACUUUGGUUCUGUUGAGUGGAAAGUCACUAGUUUUGUUGAAUUGGAAUAUAAUUGUUGAGUAACAAAUGUAACUUUCUAUAUAGAAAAAAGAUCAUAUACAGUGGUACCCCGCAAGACGAACGCCUCGCAAGACGGAAAACCCGCUAGACGAAAGGGUUUUCCGUUUGGAGGCGCUUCGCAAAACGAAUUUCCCUAUGGGCUUGCUUCGCAAGACGACAGCCCAUAGGGAAAUCUCAGGGACAGCGGGGAAGCGCAGCGCGUCUUCCCCACUGUCCUCGGACCUCCUCCGAAGCCUGGCGGCGGGGCAGGGACACCUCCUCCCGCCGCCGCCGGGCUCGGAAGGCUCCUCCGAGCCGGGCGGGGGCGAGGGAACACCUGCCGCCGCCGCCCGGCUCGGAACGGUGCUCCGAGCCGGGCGGGGGGAGGGAACACCUGCCGCCGCGCCCGGCCGGGAACGGUGCUCCGGGCCGGGCGGGGGAGGGAAGACCUCCGCCCUGCCCGGCUUCGGAACGGUGCUCCGGCCGGGCGGUGGGGAGGAAGACCUCCCCGCCGCCCGGCUCGGAACGGUGCUCCGAGCCGGGCGGGGGAGGGAACACCUGCCGCCGCCGCCCGGCUCGGAACGGUGCUCCGAGCCGGGCGGGGGGAGGGAAGACCUUCUGAAGGCGGGCGGGGGCGAAAGUCUUUGCUCCCCCUGCCUGCCUGUCCCGGAGGGCUUUUGAAGGCGGGGAGCAAAGACUUCGCCCCGCCCGCCUUCAGAAGAGGUCCAGGACCUCUUCUGAAGGCUGGCGGGGGCAAAGUCUUUGUCCCCCUGCCUGCCUUCCCAGGGGCUUUUAAUUGCCCCGGACAGCGGAGAAGUCCUCCGCUGUCCCGGGUGAUUUUAAAUGCCGCCCGCCAGCAUUUUAAGAUCGCCCGGACAGCGGAGAAGUCCUCCGCUGUCCCGGGUUUUUAAAAUGCUGGGGGUGGGAAGAAAAGCCCUUGCCCCUCCCAGCCUUCAGAAGAGGUCCGGGACAGACUGUCCCCGGACCUGGUCUGAAGGCGGUUUCCUAGGAACGCAUUAAUUGAUUUUCAAUGCAUUCCUAUGGGAAACCGUGCAUCGCAAGACGAAAAACUCGCAAGACGAAGAGACUUGCGGAACGAAUUAAUUUCGUCUUGCGAGGCACCACUGUAAAUAUUGUAGCUUAAAUAAAAUUUCCUUCCUCUUCUUCUUAGUUCCAGCUGAGACAACAUACCAUAGUUUGGAGGAUGGUGUUGUGGAGUACUGCACAACAGAAGCGCCGACCACAGUCACUGCCGAGGCCCCCUUAGAGAUGAUGGCUCAACAAGCAGAAGUCUCUGUGAAGCCUCAGGAACUGAAGAGCCGCAUUGCCCUGAACUCAGCCAAGCUCCUGCAGGAGCAGCGAGUGACCAAUCUCCACAUGAAAGAGAUGUCCCAGAACAUCGAGCAGCAAAAUGACCUCCUGCAGAUGAUCCGCCGCUCUCAGGAAGUACAGGCAUGUGCACAGGAGCGCCAAGCCCAGGCCAUGGAAGGGAUGCAGGCUGCUCUGAAUGCUCUUGUGCAGAUCCUUCGCCCCAUGAUUAAGGACAUCCGCCGGUUUCUACAGAGCAACGCUCCUGCUCCUUAA